AUGCCACUCAGACCAAAUGCCCGUGUUCUACGGGAUAUGACCAAAAGGCAAUCUGUAACAUCACAUGAACUAUUGAGAAGAGCAUUCAAAUAUGUCGCACGCAAUACAACUUUACCAUUUCGAGUACGUCAUCAAGCACAAUUACAAUUAAACCAAUUCCCAACAAGUAGCAGACCGGUUGAAGUUAAAGAACGAUGCAUCGAAACAGGAAGAGGGAGAGGUAUUCUGACUGAAUUCGGUCUUUGCAGAUAUCAAUUCAGACUAAAAGCCAGAGCAGGACAAUUGAUCGGAGUGCGCAAAUCGUCGUGGUAA